UUCUUUGCUUUGAGUAGAUAAAACUAUUCCGUAUUUCAAAGAAGCCUUGUAUAGUGUUACAUAUCUAGCAACCGGCAGCAAAAAAAAAAAACUUACAUUGCCGCUGGUUAGAUCGAAGUGGAUUGGUACGAUAUGCCAUUUUUCCAUCUACCUGAAUUUGUGUUGAGAAGGGACCAUUCAUUCGAAGCAGAAUAGAAAAGUAAUUUCCUUCCUGGUACUAAUACAUACAUAUAUUAUCACUAGGCCAAAAUCCUUAGGCAUUGGACCUAGAAUGUUAUGUUGUAGUGGAGUGAAUGCAGCUCUUAAUGUGCAGGUAGGAUAUGGUAUUUCUAAGGAUGUGUACAUUUGUGUGAGUUCGGAAUGAGAGAAACUAAUGCAUUCACAUUGAAUAUACAUAUAUGAUACAAGAUGAAUUCUUAAAAUACCAACCAACCCUCUGUACAAGGACCAUUUAAGUCAGUACGUUCUAGUAAGUCCUGCAGAGCGCAUUUAACGCAGAAUCUUCUAAAGUGUAAACUUUUAUAUUAUUAAACUUCCUCUAAAAAUGGAUAAUAAACACAACCGACCUGAUGAUCGGCGGGUAAUAUGUGCAACAAACUACAAUCAAGCUCAACAGAAAAUUAUUCGUGCGUCUGUAGUAAAUUUUUCACGUGCAGUUGAGGCGGGCGAAAUGCAAUAUUACAACGAACGCCCCAUGAUGCUUGACACAUGGACGCAAACUUCAAACGCCGAUCUUGGUAUUGGCGAGGACUACCUGCAUAAUGCAUACAUAGAAGAGCAAAGACAAAGAGAGAAAGCAUUGUUGGAAAAGAUACGCAUCCUUAAGGCAGAACUGCGGGCGCAUUCAGAGAUGUUAACACAAAUGCAAUCCCUACAUGCACGCGGUAGUUCACAAAUACAAAACCAACACAAUCGACAACAACAACAGCAAAGUUUAGUGGCUAACCCGCUAGAAAUGCGGCUGCAGGACCAUAACAACCGUGAACAAAGACAAAAACACGAAGAAAGUACAUCGCCAAAAAUGCAGUUAUAUCACAGACCUUCUAGCUCAAGAAGUACACAGCAAUGCGAGGAAGUUACGUCCAUGUCGAACGUACUUCAUGAGCGUCCAGAACAAAAGCAAUUAGCCCAAAAUACACACUCACAGUAUAUAGCACAAGAAGUGAAUGAAGGUGCGGAGUCGACGAUGCAACAAAAUGCAUCUAUUUCACAUAACGCACCAAGUACUAUCAUUAAUAAUGCACAUGAGGUACGAACUCGCAAUGUAAAUUACACAAUAGUCGCUGAUGGCGAUGGCAAUGGUCCUGACGAGCCCAUAGAGAUUGAAAUUGCGGAAGAAAGUGCACACAACUUAAAUUGUUCUGCUGAUUCCGAACGCUUAGAGAUAUGUUUAGCAGAAGAACAGCAACCCGAAGCAAGUGUUAGUUAUGUUAAGUACGAGGUGGGUACUGAACAAAUUCAACACAAAAAUCACAUUUCUUCUUCAGUAAGUCCAGUCGGUGCAAAACGAGUUAAAAUGUCUACAGAAAAUCUCACACAAAUAUAUGAAGUGCGGGAAUUUUCACAAGAGACUCCACAGUGUUGUGAACAUCAAAGCUGCGAUGUGGCCCAUCCGCAGCCUCUUCUAUCAUUUCCCACAAAUCGUAAUAACGCAAGCUUACUAAAAUUACCCAUCGACCCACAACAGAGAAGUGAUGACCAAAGUACUGCGUCUAAGAAUAAAUCGGAACCGAAAGUUGCUUACUGUUCGAUAGGACCGAACAACACUCGUAUACCUACGAAGAUUUUUGAUGCCAUCAGCUGGACUUCUGCAUCAAUAGCGACACGAAAACUAAUGAUGGCCAUCUUUAAUCGCGAAACCUUAGCCACACAUUCUAUGACCGGGAAGCCGUCGCCUGCUUUUAAAGAUCAUAAUAAACCACUUAAGAAAAUGCUUAAUCCAUUAGCCAUACAAGACAUUAUAUUUGCUGUUACACGUAGGUGUCAAGUUUCGGAGAAGGAGGUUCGUAACGCCAUCACCACCAAGUGCGCUGAUGAAAACAAAAUGUGGAAAUUGGCUCUGGCCAAAAGCCAAUCAUUAUGUGAACAUGAUAAAGAAAAUGUCGGCUAAGAUAUAAAUAAAAUAUUGAGAAGUCAAAUCAG